AUGCAGGCAGCGAAUGGUGUAAAACUGGAUACCCGUUCGACAGGACGCAAGCUUUGGGAUGGGGCACAUACUCAAGCCCGAGGUUUUGUGGUAGAUUACUAAACCUAUUUCAGGAACAAUUUUAUUGCACAGUACAUUGGUAUUGAAACGUUAUCCGGGCGCAGUGUCUGGGAGGCAACUAGCACGCCCGCUGCAGUUAAGAUUGACAGCCGAAUGUAGAUUAAAACGUGAUGUAUGAUCACCCAGUGUUAGCUAGCCAAUCUGUUCAGUGUUGUUAGCUCGCCAAGUGCAGCUAAGUUAAGUGCCAGUGCCACGAAUGUUAUUCGGGUCUUUUGUUUAAUGGUGUAACGUCAAUGAACAACAAGCCAUUUCGGAUUGUCGUCGAUGAGGAGCCAGGCGAGCCUGUGAGCAGUGACAGUAACGGGGUGUCAAUGUGGCUGUGUCCACUCUGCCAGCAAGGACACCCCAACAGAGAUGGCCUCUCUUCGCAUCUGACAGGCAAACACAGCGUACUCCCCUCCUGCCUCGACAAGUUACUGGAUAUUGCUGUCCAGACACACUCCUCCACUGAGGAUGCUGAAGCCUCCGCUCGCACAGGAACUUCAGUAGACAACGGUUCAGAAUCCACCCAAGGUGAAGGGGAUUCCCCGAAACCACACAAGAUGUCCGACAGUGCUUCGUUGGGGUCCGAGGACAAGGAUGCCACCGCCAGCACCCCGGAGAAGCAGGAGUCUGCGGCAGACGGGGAGGCAGAGGGCGUUCAGGAGCCCGACGGCAAUGCAGCCGGCGCGGAGUCGGACCCGGAAAACUCCACCCAGUCCUCCAAGACUCCUGGCAACGGUUCUGUCGCCAACGACAACCCCACGGUUAAAGAUGAUGCCGGGCAAGGGAGCAGCAGCAGCAACACCACCACCACCACCACCACCAACAACAACAACAACGGCACCAGCCGUCAGUUUGUGUGCCAUGCAUGCCUGGAGUUCUUCCCCACCAAAACUGCUCUGAGCGUUCAUUACAACUCAACCACCCACAUUCAGAGAAUGCGGACGGGCUCGAAGCAGGGCGGUGAGAACGACGCGUCAGACUCGCUUCCUUCGCGCCCCUUCGUCUCCAGCAAGCCCUACCAGUGCGCCGUGUGCCGGGUCUCCUACAACCACGCCAUCACGCUCGAAAGCCACAUGAAAUCGGUCUUGCACCAGACUCGAAGCAGAAGCGCUAAUAAUUUGGCUAAUAAGACUGCUAACAACUCCAAUGGAAACAGCAGCACCACCACCACAACCUCCACCACCACCACCACCACCAACAACAACAGCAGUUCCAGCAGCAGCACGGUACCCAGCAUCGUCGUCAGCGCCGCCCAACUCGUAAACACUACCACCAGCAAUUGUAUCACCCAGCCCAAUAGCCUGACUGCUGCGCCCCCCGCCGUCACAGCGACCACAACCAAAGACGGGGAGCCGAUCCAGCCGGCGCCCUCACUGCUCGCUUCCCCCGUGGCGUCGGCGCAGGCGGUGUCCGCCUUCCUCACCCUGCUCACCUCCAGCCCCUCCCCCACCAACGCCGCUGCCACCGCCUCCAUCCCGCACUCGCUCCUCCCAUCGCUCUUCGCCGCCGGAGCUGGAGCGGGAGCGUCAGGCACAACCACAACACCUGGAGCUGCUGCCGGGUCUCCACAGCUCAUGCCCCAGGCCCAGGUCCUCAUGCCGCUCAUUCUGAACGGACUGCAGGCCCAGACCCAGACCCAGGGCGCCGCCGCAGACUCAACGCCUGGUCAACAGCAGCAGCAGCACCUCCUGUCCCAGUCUCUGCCCGUGCUGGGUCUGUCGGCCGCGCAGCAAGCCCUCCUCGCCCAAAGACUCAGCGGUUUACAAAGCCAGUGGUCGGCUGCCGUGGGACUCCAGGCAGCAGCUGCCGCGGUGGCGGCCUCGCAACAACAGCAGCAGCAGCAAGCGGCAACGGCACAGGCACUGUCUGACGCACAAGAUUCAGAAAAGGGAACGCAAACAGGGGGUAGCAAGGUGAAGACGGAGCCUGUGCAGCUCAAGCUGGGCAUCAAGUCCGAGGAGAAGUGCGACUGGGCGGGGUACACUAGCAGGGGCGUCGGGAUCAAGAGGGAGGUGAAGGAGGAGGAGCAGGACAAACUGUGCACCUACGAACUGAGCUGCGCCUUAAAAACGGAGGAGAACAGGGUAGGAGGAGAUGGCACUGGGGGGGAGCACACUGACAAAUGCCGGAAGAAGCAGCAGCAGGAGGAGGACGAGGACGAGGACGAGGAGAGCACAAUGGCGCAGGAGAGUGCGGAGCCUGAUACAAAGAAGUCGCCUUGCACAACAAAUGUAACAAAUUCUCUCGCAGCUCCUGGCCAAUCUCUGCUCCUCUCCUCCGACCACCAGCAGGCUGAGUGCUUCCCUCCCAGACACAAACAGACGGCUAAAGGCUCGUCCAAAGCAGGCCCCGCAAACGCCUCCUCUCUUGCCUUAAGCCGCGCAGGUCUCUGCAGCAGCAGCGGUGGGUCCAAGUCUCGGGGCGUCCCCACGCUCUCAGAGUUCCAGUACCAAGUCCUGCUGGCCUUCCUGGAGUCGCGGAGCGAGGCGGACGCGGCCAGCCCCACGCGGGAGGACUGCGAAGCGCUGGGGAGGGAGGUGGGACUCGGCGAGGAGGAGGUGCGCCGGUGGCUGGAGGACGCCCAUCAAGCCAAAGAGAGGCAGCGGAGAGGAGGAGGAGGAGGAGGAGGAGGAGGAGGAGUGGACAUGAGCUGCGACGAGGAGAUGGAUGAUGAUGACGAUGAAGAAGAGAGCGCACUUACCAUCGACGAGGGUCCCAUACGCACCGCCAGUCACGCCAUCGACCUGUCCAGUGGAGGAGGAGGUGACAAGAGACGGCGGGAGAAGGGGCGGGAAAGCCGGGGUGGAGGCGGAGGCGGGGGUAGCGCUGGACCUGGAGGUGACGCCUGUCUGACGUCCGACUCUGAAAACGAGGAGGUGUACACGUCAGUCAUCGUGACGGACGAGGAGAGCCAGUGCAGCUCCAUGAGGGGAGAGGAGCCUGGGAGUCCUCCCCAACACAGGGAGGCGCCGCAGAGAGAGCUGCCAGGUGACAAGGCCUCUGGCGGGGGGAAGGUACUCCGAUCCACCACCGUCUUCCUCUCCGACGCGGAGGACGACGAGGAGGACGAGGAAGGCCACGCGGGGAGGAGGAAAAAGCGGAAGAGGGACAUGGAGAGGGAGGAGAUCGAGGCCAAGAGGGAACGGGCCGAUCCGGACCUGGAUCUGGAGCUAGAGGCCCAGGCGGACCCGCCUACUCCGCUCUCUGUGGCCAUCGACCAGCGUGGCCUCCCCAGUGGCAUCCUGCACUCGCUCCCUCUCUCGCUCUCGCUGGCGCCCUUCUCCACCCAGUUCCUCAGCCCGUACGUGCUGUCGCUGCCCUCUGCCGUGGUGGGCGUGGCGGAGGCGGACGGCACCAAGGUGGCCGCCUUCCCCAACGCCCAGACCCUCGCACACUUUUCUGAGUCGCUCAACGCGGCCCACCACCAGUACAUGGCCAACGGCGGGGACUGCGAGACGGCGCUGGACCUGAGCAUGGGAAAGAACCACAGCAGCAUUUCCUCCUCAUCCACCACCCACACCACCACCAAGGCCUCAACGUCGGUCAGCAGCGUGCUCGAUAAGACGGCGCUGCAAAAGGGACGGCUGCUCGACGGGCUCGGCCUGCGGCCCACCAUGGGCGUGGGCGUCCCGAGCGAGGGAGGGCUCAUCGUCCUCCAGGUCAAGCCGGACCAGGCCAUCGCCAUCCCGGCUUCCCACAACAACAGCGGCUUCCUGAACCACAACAACUUGGCCAAGGCCACCAAUGCCGCGGCGGUGCUGAUGAGGCAGGCGGAUAGAGGGCAACAGCACACCGCGUCCGCCGCACACAAGGAGAAGGAGAGCGAGAAGGAGAAGGACCAGAGGAGACCCAAGGCCCGGCGCUUCAAGGACAUGCGGAGGUCCCGGACCAUCAUCCAAGCGGAGCAGCUGGACGUGCUGUACGGCUGCUACUUCAAGGACCCCAACCCGGGCAAGCACGAGUUCGAGCAGAUCUCGGAGUGGGUGCACCUGCCCAAGAAGGUGGUCCAGAUCUGGUUCCAGAACAUGCGCGCCCGCGAGCGGAAAGGGGAGGUGCGCUUCAUCAGCGACGGCACCCUGGCGGCGGUGGGCAAGCCGCUCAUCAAGUUCACCUGGCCCCUCACACAGCCCAUCUUCUCCAGCAGCCCCAAGAACAGCACCAACCUCUCCACCUCCUCCGUCUCCAUGGGAGCGUCCUCUGUAAAUAUCCACCCCAAACCAACAACACUAAGUAAAGAGGAGAAGUUGCCGGUCGGCUCGGGGGUGACGAGGCCCAAAGAGCUGAGCGUCGCGCCGGGAUCUUUAGUCGCACCCAAGACCAAACCGGACCCGGCCGCAUCGACGCACGUCACCAUGGUCAAAAUCGCCCCCAAAGCCAUUCACCCAGCGGUCCAGGUGUCGGCGGCUAUGGACACCACCCCCUCUUCGUCGUCCUCUCCCGCUCGGAAGCCCGGCUCGGAGGACGAGCACGACAAUCCAGAGCGGAGGAGAGAGGAGGCGGAGCAGCAGAGCUGCAGCCCCAGAGGAGGAGGAGGAGGAGUGGGGGGAGUCCCCGCCGGUCGCACGGCCCCCAAGCAUAAACCCUCCGCGGCAGCCACCACCACCACCACCACCACCAGCAACACAGGCUCCCAUAAACCCACCGUAGGAAACUCGCAGCAGCAGAAUGGCAUCAAUUACUGGUCCUCCUCCUCCUCGGACAGCCCCUUUAAGAUCAACACCCUAUCACGUGAGCAGCUGGGUCUGUCGGCGUUGACCAAUCGCAAUCCUCCUUCCUCGUCCUCUUCCUCGUCCUCUUCCUCCUCAUCUGGCGCGGCAGCUCGGAAUACUGGUCCCACGCCCUUGUUACCACGGAACCCCACAUCCUCCACAACCAGCACGCCACAACGAGCCCCCACAUCCAACAGCUCCACCCCGGCUCGCGUUCCCCCCUCCUCCUCCUCCACCCCUUCCUCGGCUACCACUGUGUCAGUGGUGGGCACUUCCAGCUCCGGCUCUGUGUCCUCUCCCAGCGUCUCCAAGUCUGGUGGUGGCGGUGGGCAGAGGGGAGAGGGCGGCGGCGGUGGCAGCGGCUUUCUGACGCACUCCACGCCGCGGCGGCCACGCACACAUCUCACUUGCCUGCAGCUGUCCAUCCUGCAGUCGUGCUACGAGACCUGCGCCCACCCCAACGGUCUGGAGUGCGAGGCGGUGGGCACGGAGCUGGGCCUGCCGCUCAAGGUGGUGCAGAUUUGGUUCCAGAACACGCGCGCCAAGGAGAAGCGAUGGCGUCUCCAGCAGGAGAAGCUGUCUCCCAGUUCGGACCCCUCCAAGAAGGUCGAGAUCAGCGCGGCAAGCUACCUGCAGUACAACGCUCUGCGAGCCAACCGUCCCAUCCUCCCCAAGCCGGUCCAGCUGACGGUGGUGGAGCCCUCGGCGCCCCCCGGCGUGGGCCAGCCGGCGAGCCGGGAGACCCUGCGCGGCCGCUGCGAGGCGUGCAAUGCGGGCUUCGAGUCGCGGGCGGCGGCGCGCGCACAUGUCUUCUCGCCACGGCACCUCGCCACACUGCGCACCACUAACUUUGGCCAGCCGGCGGCGCUCCUCAACAACGGUUCUGGCACCGGCUCUACCGGCAGUGGCAGCGGUAGUGGGGCUGGUUCUGGCUCUUCCAACACCAGUCCUAGUCCGAACGCCGGGUCGUCUUCUGCCGCCGCCGUGGUGGUAGUGGCACCGGCGGCAGCAGCGACACCCCCAGUCUCCUCACAAACCCCCUCCCCAGCCAGCAGCAUCACCAGCUAAAAAGGCCUAGACCAAGUCUGGCUUAAAACAAAAACAAAAAAACUAAGACAGUGGACGCGUUAAAAACCUUGAGCUUUUAACAGACUUGUUGAGAUGGGUGCUGGUCUUUCAAGCAAAACCUUCUUCUUCGUGUCUCCAAUACUGAAAGGGGCCCUCGACAUGCUCACCAUCCUCUCUCUUUUUCUCUCUCUCUCUCUCUGUCUCUUUCUCGCUCUUGCUGUCUCUCUCUCUCUCUCUCUCUCUCUCUCUCUCUCUCUCUCUCUCUCUCCUCGGCCAUCAGCUGGAUGUGACCUCGAGAUGAUAUUUUAAAAUUCAACAGGGCUCAUCCAGUCAGUCAGUGAGUCAGUCACACGGUUUUCAUAACGGCUUUACCUGAAAGUAAUUAAGUGAUCGCCACAUGGUCUUCAUGGCCGCAGCUCAUAUUUUUUUGUCGUGGCAGUGCUUGGUCGUCGUUCUUCUCCACCUUCAAUUAAUGUCACCGGACAGACACACCUUGACUCUGAUCUGUUUCACAAUAGUAACUUGUAUUCAUGGACCAUAUACAGUACAUAGGCAAGUGUGCCUCUCAGUGGGAUGUCUUCUCAUUUCAAUGAAUUGAAGCGUGAACAUGGUACUACCAAUAUUGUUUUGAGAUGGCAUCCCUUUAAAACAAAAAAAAUGUUUGUUACAGCUUUUACUUUUUUUUCUAAGUAUGCCUAUGAAAGCCCUGUUGUGUGUUCUCCCACUGAUGUCUAACUACUACUACUACAGUAUCCAUUCAAGUGUUUUUUCCCGUGAUUUUUAUCCCAGUUGAAAUGACCAGAAAGCCUGUUGUAUGAAGUAUGUGUUGGACACAUGGAUUUUUUAGUGGUAGGGGAUGGGGGGGUGGAGGGGGCUUCUGGGCCAGGAUUUGGGGGAAACGGUUUUAGCUGAUAUGCAGGUUCAUUCGGAAUUUCAGGAUGUCAGUAAAAGUUCUGCUCGGAAUCGAGGAGGUUCUGUUACCACGAUGUCCACCAGUUGCCAGGCGAUAGGAAGCGGAGUCCACUAAUGACAAUCUUGAGAAAAAGAGAAUAGAUAUUAGUAGAAUAAUUAAAACAGAUAAAAUUUUUCAUAUAGCACUUUGGUUAUGUUUUAAGUGUGAGAGACUAAGCUGUUAAAAUGAAAUUGCUGCGCAAGUACAAGUUGCAUAACAAAUAUUUUACUGUAACCUGAUAUUAUACCUAUCAAGCUUUGAGGUCCUCCUAAUGACUCCAGGUCACACGUAAUAAACAUGAGUACACUUUUAAGAUCAGCAAAAAAAAAAAGAAUUAUUUAAAUGUCAUCCAGUUUAUUUUAUUUUUUUAAACCCGCUCUUAAGAUAAGGAAAGCAUUUUUAAGCAAAGCAAAUAUACAAAUUUGAGUUCAUUAUGUAUCCCAAAAAGAGAUCACUAUCCAGAAAUCAGCAGUUCUUAAGGACAAGAAAAGUACAGGGUCUGUCAUUCAGUAGGUAGAUAUUGUUUUCCCAUUCACUUUGUCUUGGUGCAUUGUGUGUUCUUGCAAAGUUUUUUUCUGUUUUUUUUUUUUUUUUCCUGCAUCAUCAUGCAGAGGGUGUGGCUAAACCAGCGAGAAGGGGUCAUGGUGUGAUGGUGUCCCUUUACUGUUGUGGACUUUUUAAAAAAAAAAAGAAAAAAAAAAAGGAAAAUCAGUAUGUAUUUGGAUGAAUGGAGAAGCAGGAAGUGCCGUUUGAAGGACAUUAAAUACUAAAGAUGUUUUUUUUUUCCUUUUUAAGUUGUAUAUUAUUGUUAUUAUUAAUAAUGCUAUUAAUAGUUUAACAAGAAAAAAAUGCAAAGCUAAAAAUUUAAAACUUUUUUUAAAGAAUUCUAUUAAGAAAAGAAAAAAAAGAGAUUCCAAAGUUAUUCUUCCUUUGCUGUCUGUCAUUAAAAAGAAAACCAAAAAGCAAUCUUGAGGUUGACAGAGGGCGGGAGAGACACUCUUAAUGCAAAACUGUACAGGAACUCUCAAAACCUUGACACUUUGAGCUAGUCCAAGAUUUUACGCAUGAGCUACAGAAGAUGAAUGCAUUUCAGCCUAUUCACACACACACACACACAACCACACACACACACACACAACACGGGGCACUUGACUGUGUAUUCAAAGACUAAGACGCUUUUAAUAUACCCUUGCUAAUACUUUUUUGUAACACGCUGUGUCGAGCGAGCAGUGGCUCAUGCACACAAAGACAUGGACUUGAUUGCAGUGCUGCGCUAGUCAUGGGAUCACAGUGUUUGCACUGUUCAAACUAGAUGGGUGGUUUGUUUUUGUUUUUUGUUUUUUUUAUUCUAAUCAUUUUUUUCCAUUGUCACUUGAUUAUCACUUGUUAACUGUACUACUAUUGCCAUGUAUUCAUUCAUCAUUGUUUUGAUUACUCUUGAUUCAUUCAUGACUGUUUGUUUUAAUUGCAUCUCUUAACGUCAAUGAGAUGGCAUCGGUAUGAAUAUUGAACAAUUAUGGUGGCAGUGUUGUUUAAAAUAUUAGAUUUUUUGAUUAAGCUUGUUUUUUUUUUCUUUCCUCACUUGUACCUUCAUUUUGUGUUGGAUUCCCAUUCUGUUUUCUUAUACAGAAGUGAAAUAAUAAAAAAAAACAACUGAACUUUGGUUCGUUA